CACGCAUUCAUAAUAGCCCAAUGGCUUCCAUCUUCUCUCCAUCACCCAUCCUCUCUUCUUCUUCUUCUCCAAAAGCCUCUUCAGCUUCAAAUUCUCCUAAACCUCAAUUGUUCUUACAAACCCCAACCAAGCCAGCAUCAACUGCCAUAACUGUCAAGCCAACUGCCAUAGCCGCUGUCGCAGCAGCAGCAGCUGCCGCCCUAAUCUUAUCAACCACCCCUCCCUCUUUUGCUGACACCUCCACAUCGUACCUUGUCUACUACGGCACGGCCGCCAGCGCUGCUAACUACGGUGGCUACGGCGGCAAUUCGAGCAAAAAGGACUCAGCAGAGUAUGUAUACGACGUCCCCGAUGGGUGGAAAGAACGCCUUGUAUCGAAGGUGGAGAAGGGUACCAAUGGAACCGACAGUGAAUUCUACAACCCAAAGAAGAAAUCCGAGAAAGAGUACCUUACGUACCUUGCUGGGUUCAGGCAGCUUGCACCCAUGGACGUCAUCUUGAACAAUUUGGCCUUAUCGGAUGUGGAGUUGCAGGAUGCCAUCUCCAGCGCUGAUAACAUCAGGUCUGAAGAGAGGAAGGAUGAUAAGGGACAGGUCUACUAUGUUUAUGAGAUUGAUGGAUUGGGUUCGCAUAGAUUGAUCUCUGUCACCUGCGCCAAGAACAAGCUUUAUGCACAUUUUGUCAAUGCGCCAACACCAGAAUGGAACAGGGACCAAGAGACUUUGAAGCACAUCCAUGAAUCAUUUAGAACGGUUGGAUUAUUUUAGAUAUUAUGUAACAAUGUUCACGGUUGAUAAGAGGGAGGUUUUAAGUAUUAUGGAAUACAUUUUUGUUGAUUUGUCUCUGUGGCUAUAUCUACAUUUCUAGUUAAUCAAGAAGUGAAAUUUUUUACUUUGAUCC